CAAACGGCCGGUUGGAGGCUCGGUCCUUUGGUUAGCUAGGAUGCGCCGCGUUCAGCUCGCACCGUCGCCAGCCAGGGGAUACACCGAGAAGGACACGACGGAGAGGGAUGACUGAAAUGUUUUCAUCACUCGGGUUUUGGAAUAUUUUUAGAUGUUGGGUUGAUCAAGGAGCAACGUCACUGGUCACUGAAAGUCUGCGACAUCCUAACUUCUUGUAGGGUGAAACAAAGCCAGGAGCACUGAGGCAUUUCCAUAGUUCCAGUUCUUUCUCUCACACUUCUUAACCAUGUCUUCUAGAUUACACACACAUUCAUCAUAAUGAUAAGCGUAUUACGACUCUGAGGCUAUGGCCAACGAACCCCUCGAAGGUUUCCAUGAGGUGAACCUGGCAUCGCCCACCACCCCGGACCUGCAUGGCAUCGCUGACCCCCGUCCUCUAAAGCCCAGCGUGCCGCCAAGCACCUUGUACCGUACCCAUUCCCUGACCUCUGCCCCCUGCCCUCCCAACACCCUCUAUGCUGACCAGUUGCCUACCCAGCCAGUUUACCCGGCCCCCCGACACCUAGGCAAUGAUGAGCCUCAAAAUGGCAGUGUACCUGUACUGGAGCCUGCAGCCCCAGGCUCCGCCUCCCAAGAAGUGGGGUCAGUUGUUGGGGGGGCCUUGUUGGGCGAUGAGGGAGAAGAUCUGUUGGGCCUGAGCACAGACAGCCUAUCACGGCUCAGAAGCCCUUCUGUAAUGGAAGUAAGAGAAAAAGGUUAUGAGAGGCUGAAGGAGGAGCUUGCCAAAGCACAGCGGGAACUUAAAUUAAAAGACGAGGAGUGUGAGAGGCUUUCUAAAGUCAGGGACCAGCUGGGGCAGGAGCUGGAGGAACUCACUGCUAGCCUGUUUGAGGAAGCUCAUAAAAUGGUGCGAGAGGCAAACGUGAAGCAGGCCACUGCAGAGAAGCAACUAAAGGAAGCCCUUGGGAAGAUUGAUGUUCUUCAAGCAGAAGUGGCUGCUCUGAAAACCCUAGUUCUGUCCACUUCUCCCACCUCACCAUGUAAGGAGCUGCCAUCGGGCUCCAGGGCCCCAUUCAAGAAAGGCCAUGCCCGCAACAAAAGCACCAGCAGUGCCAUGCUGGGCAGCCAGCAGGAGCUAAGCUUACCCCAGCCCAUAAUACGUGACUGCAAAGAGGUGGAUUCUCUUCUGUUUAAUGAGUUUAAAACAUGGAAGGAGGAGCCCAAUCUGGAAAGGAGCUGCUGUUUCCUGGACCGAAUUUACAGAGAAGACAUUUAUCCCUGCCUCACUUUCAGCAAGAGCGAGUUGGGGUCAGCGAUCCUGGAGGCAGUGGAGCGGAACACAUUGAGUGUGGAGCCGGUGGGAUUCCAGCCGCUACCUGUAGUUAAAGCCUCAGCCGUGGAGUGUGGGGGGCCCAAAAAAUGCGCCCUCAGUGGCCAGACUAAAACCUGCAAGCACAGAAUCAAGUUUGGGGACUCCAGCAACUACUACUAUGUGUCCCCAUUCUGUAGGUAUCGGAUAACCUCUGUCUGCAACUUCUUCACUUAUAUUCGCUAUAUCCACCAAGGACUGGUGAAACAGCAGGAUGCUGAACAAAUGUUCUGGGAGGUCAUGCAACUACGGAAGGAGAUGUCUUACGCCAAGCUGGGCUACUACAGAGAUGAACUGUGACCAGUCAGCUUUGAGGAGAGGAAUGCCCUCAUAUGUCAUUGGAGAAGAGAAACAAGAUUUCUCCUGUCAACUCAAAAGAAGCUUCACAGGGACCACCUCUUUUAUCAUCCAUCUCAACACUCCAGCAUUGCAUCUCUUUCCAGCAGACAUGCCCAGUGUGUAUGCUCUGUAUUCAGUAUGUGUGAUCAGCCUACGGUAUAUUGAGUCCUCUUGCUAUUUAAAGUACAACACACACUGCUGAAGUCAAUCUGAUUAUCUCCAUCAAUUGAAGGAAAAAAGUGAAAUCUAUGUUGGUUUUGGAUUUACAUUCGAGAGGACAUCUUGUGAAAUCUGUACAUUUUACAAUGAAAAGUUUUGGUCUACACCAAUAAAUUUUACUUGAGCUCUCUCAGUUCAUUCUAAAUUUAGCUAGCAGUGUGUUGCUGUGAUGUUAUGUGUGUUUGUGUGGAAUGUGCCGUACAUAUGUUUUCUUGAUCUGUCUCAUCGGUUGUUUGUGUGCUUUCUCCCAAAUUUCAUCAAGCUUCCCCCAUUUUGAUUUUAGUGCCUUUUUGGAACACUGAAUAAAAUCGUAUACCUCUGACUA